CACACGUACGUAGGAAUCAUCGAUAAUCGAAGGACAGGGCGAUAUCUUUAAUUUCGUAUCUUCGCUCGGUUGUUUUCAGAGAGUGCAAAGACAUCAUCCAAUAGGAGUCGAGUGGCUAGCUGACAAGUUGCGUCGGGGUGGAAAUGGGCAGGGAACAGGAGCUUGUACGCAUUCGGACCGUGAAGUGUUGGUUCCGCGAAGGGGGUCAACUUAUGGUGUCUCCGUGAUCUUUCUCCUGUUAUUACUCUCGACGAAAUAAUAGAAAUACGAUUUUCAUGUCUCGAACGUGCCAGUGUCUCAAGAUUAUCUGUAUGGAGAUCGUGGAGCGCUAGAAGAUGCUGGGAGACGAUCCACCGUACCUAUCAGUGGGUACGGAGGUAAGCGCUAAAUACAAGGGUGCCUUCUGUGAAGCAAAAAUUCGGAAAGUGGUACGAUCUGUAAAAUGCAGGGUGACUUAUAAGCAAGGUUUGGGGACUGCGACUGUAGCAGAUGAUCAGAUAAAAGGAACUUUGAGAGUAGGUGCAUCUAUUGAAGCCAGACACGGGGAUAGGAAAGAUUUCGUGGAAGCAACCAUUACCAAAAUCCAAGAUUGUAGUCAGUACACUGUAGUCUUUGAUGAUGGAGAUAUCACGACGUUGAGGAGGACUGCUCUUUGUUUGAAGAGCGGACGGCAUUUCGCGGAGAGCGAAACUUUGGACCAGCUUCCUUUGACCCAUCCGGAACAUUUUGGGAAUCCUGUAAUAGGAGGCAGAAGAGGACGGCGUUCUAGACAAGCACAAGAUGAGAGUAGCGAUGACGAGGACAGCCCUCCGCGAGGCGCUCGCGACUCAGGUUCCAGUGGAAUUGGGAAAGAAGGGAUGGAGACGGAACCCGAAAUCGGACGGGUUGUUUGCGUGGAACUUGGAGAUAAAAAGAAAAAAGAUAACUGGUUCCCUGGGUUAGUGGUCGCACCAACUGCUCAGGACACUGUGAGAAUCCGCGUGCGAGACGACUACCUCGUACGUUCGUUUAAGGAUGCGCGAUAUUAUACAGUUCCAAAGAAAGAGGCCACCGAAUUCACGAAGGAACUUGUCAACAAAGUUGAGAAUAGCACGUUGAAGAUUGCAGUUGAAAAGGCACUGCUAUUUUUAGAAAAGAAUGAGUUGCCUCCCCAUUGGGAUAGGGAUUCUCUUUUUGGACAUUCUGUAUCGAGUGGGAAUAGUGAUUCCGAUGGAGAACUCGAUUCGGAUAGUUCAGACGAUGAACCACGCGAAGAAAAGGAUCACUUUGUGGCACAACUAUACAAAUUCAUGGACGAUCGCGGAACACCUAUCAAUAAUUGUCCGAUGAUUGGAUCCGAGGACAUAGAUUUGUAUAGAUUGUUUCGAGCCGUUUAUAAAUUAGGCGGUUACAAUCGUGUCACGAAUCAAAAUCAAUGGAAGUUGAUAACGCGUCGUUUGAGUUUCACUAUGCAGAACUCGCCUUCUACGCACAAUUUGGUUAAACAGGCCUACAAGAAAUUCUUACACUCCUUCGAAGAUUUUUAUAGAAAAUUAGGUUGUACUAUGGUGAACCAUCCGAGGGGUUCUAUACGUAAACAACGUCCUGGUAGAAGUCUGAUUAGAGAUAAAGACAGAAAUACGCCUGUUCCGCCGCAAGUGUCCGUCGUUAAAAAUGAGAAGGAAGAAGAGGAGAAAAAAGUCACGGAGGAUGAGAAGAAGGAGAAGAAGGAAGUUAAAAAAGAACCGGUGAAAGAAGAAGAAAUUGUAAAAAUUAAGAAAAAGGAUGAGUUUGAAGAGUGCGGUAGCGGCCAAGAAAGCGACGUGAAUAUAGAGGGUGAGGCGGAAUCGUCUAGCAGCGAAAAAUCUCAAAAAAUAUCGACGUCUUUAGCGCUGCAAAAUAGGGGUAAAUCUAAAAGUAAAGAAGAUCCGAAGAAGAAAGUUGUAGAUAAGAAGAAAAAUGAGCCUAAGAAGCAGGAGAAAAAGGAUGAUAAAACGAAAGAGGAAGAAGCCGCUAAAACGAGAUCUAAAUCUAAAGACGACACUGUAAAAAGUAAAACAUCUUCCGAAACUAGGGAAACUCGAACUCCAUCCAGAGAAUCUGAACGAAAGGUUCUAACUAAACAGAGACGUUUGACGGACGAGGAAUUGAAGAAACGAGGGAGAAAACGCAAGGAAUACGAGACAGAGAAAUCGCGGUCCGAUGAACAGUUGGCAGAAUCUGCGCCAUGCUACAAGGGCCCUGUGGAAUUAGGAGAUAGAUUGAAAGUGUACUACGGACCUACUCACGAAUCCAAAGUCACUUACGAAGCAAAAGUCAUCGACAUGGAGAAAGAUGGCACGGAACCGAUGUAUCUUGUUCAUUAUACCGGUUGGAACACAAGAUACGACGAAUGGAUCAAAGCAUCGAGAAUAGCACAGAACUUUACACAAGCCCAAGGUAGAGUGAAACGUAUCAAGGCUACUUCGCGGCCACAAACUCCCAGCUCUAAUUUAUCUAAUAAUAUAAAUAAAUCGUCGAAAAGUGUUUCUAACGCAAGUUCGAGUACGUCUCAAAACCGUCGUCGAGCACAAAGCGUAGCACCUACGUCGACAGUUGUUCCGUCGAUGUCGAUAAAGGAAGUAAAGAAAGAAGAGAAAGAUAAAGAAGCGGCUCAGCCAGCUAGGUCUACGACUCCGUUGUCCGUAACAAGUUCCAGUUCCAGAACUAAAAGUCCUGCGACACCGGCAAACAGACACACACGAACGACAAGGAACACCGAUGUAUCUGGCGCGGAGCAUCGAAGACGCACUAGAAGAAUGUCAGGUCACACGGAUAUAUCGGUUGCCUCUGAAACUGAAGACAGCGAGGCGUACGAUUCCGACACUACAGAACCAGAACAAACGCGAACAAAAUCUAAGGGUACGGAUGAAAAGAAGCGCAGGGAAGCAAAAUGUCGAGCGGAAGAUCGAAUGAAACCUGAUGAAACCAGUGAGGGCGAAGAAGACAAAGAUAAUUUAGAGGAACCGCGUAGAGGUAGACGUUUGAGAAGAACGAUUGGCAAAUCCCAAGGCAUAAAAUCGGAACCAGACAGUGACGAAGAGCAACCUAAAGGUCGAGAUUUCGAUUUGAAUCAAAUACGAUCCGAACUGAAAGGCUUCGACAAGGCUGUAAAAUUAGAACUCGUCAGAGUCGAGCGUGACCCCGAAGACGAAAUAAAACUGGAGGAAAGCGAAACCGCUGUUCUAGUUUCUCCAAAAUUGGAGAAAAACUUGGAAUCGUCGAAAUUAGAAACAACUCCCGAAUCCAAGGCGGUAGAUAAUACGGAAGAUAUCUACGAAUUCAAAGAACCAGAGCCCUUCGAGUUCGAAGUACGAAACAAACGAGACACCAGUGGAGAAAAGGAUAAAGUAAAAAAGAGAGUGUUCGAGGAGGAACCGAAAAGUCCGAAGAAGAAACAGAAAUUGAUCGUCUCGCCAGUUAUGAAGGAAGUGAAGCCAGAGAUAGAUAACGAUUCCCGAAAGAAAGCAAAGAAAUUAUUUAGUAAAAGAAUAGAUGAUAUUACGGAAAGUCAGUCUACUCACAAAUCGAUACAGUCUACAUCAUCGACGACAACGUAUGAGGAAGCAUUUGAUAAACUCUGUGAGUCACCGCCAUUUAAUCAAGUGAAACCUACACCUAUUAUCGAAGAACCAGGUAAGAUAACUAACGGCAUAGAUCUUUUGUUUAGCGAUUUACCUGGAGACGAUGAUGGUACUCACGAUGAUUCGGAAGAUCGUUUGAUAAUAUCAGAGGCGGAAGUAUCCGAAGCAGAGCAAGAAAACUUGUUUACUUAUCAACAAGAAAUGUUUCCUGUCAACGAUAUGAACGAUUCGUUGGAAUCGACUAAAGAGGACUCGAAUCCACAGAUCGAAUCUGUAAGAGAAGAGUUGACAACGAUAGUUUUGAGUAAACCAGAGAUACCAAUGGAUCAAAAGCAGACCGUUAAACUGUCUCCGUUGCAUAGACAAUCUCCAGAAUUAAAAACACUCGAUACAAAAUUGUUGGACAUUACGCCUGUCUUGUCUCCAAUUGUGGCAGCUCCGGCGCCAAUAAGCACGAGGCUGCCGGCUACAUCGACUAUAGAAGAGAAACUUUCAGCUGCGAUGGCUUUCCGUAAUAAAACAAAAGAUACCAAGAAAGACGAGGAAAUUCCCGAAGUCGUAUGGAAGCCUCCGAAAGAGAUUCCUAAAAAAUUAGACACCAUUAUUGUACAUAAAACUAAAGAGGAUCAAAGCUUGUCUAAAGUGGAAAUCGAGAAUAAAAAACGGGAAGAAGAGGAAGUCAUGAUGAAUAAGGAAGAGGAGUGCAGAGAAAUGAUGCGCGUUGUGAUUAAGCAGAAGGAAGAAGAACUGCAGCAACUUAAGCUUAAGAAGGAAGUGGAGUUAAAGAAAUUCGCUGAAACAAAAACGGAACUUAAAAAUGUACAAGAGCCCGAAGAAGUGGAAUGGAAACAUAUGGAGGCUGACGAAUCGAAGAAAUUGGAUGACGAAUUUAAGGAACACGAUUUUAAAGAAAAGGAGAAGGAGAAACGUAAAAAGAUAGUCAGUCAAGAUAUGGUAGAUUCUGCGGACAGUAGCGAUUCUGAGCAGAGGUUAGUAAUCGAUAAUGGAGAGCCACAAGAUGUAAAAGCUCCUUCCAAUUUCGAUGUCAAGUUAAGAGCUGAAUUAGAUAGACUGCAAGAUUCGCAGGAACGGUACUCGAAGCUGCAAGUGCAGAAGUCCAUGCAGCAUUUAAAGCACCAGCAACAAGAGUGCGUCACCGAAUGCAAAGUCGAGAACAUAGCUGUUAUAAAAGCAGACGAAGAAGGAGAGGCGAUUAAUUCUUUGCUAUGCGAGGAAGAAAUACCCGGUUCACCCGCCCCAGUUACCGAAAGUAUCGAACAAAUAAAUGCUGGCCCAUCUUGUUCUCCUCCAAAAGUCGAAACAACGGAGAGCAGUAUAGUCCUAAUGGAAAUGCCUUUCGCUAGCGCACCUACUUCAGGCCAAAGUACAACCAGCAAUACCGUGGUUACUUGUAUGGCACUGCCAAAGACUGUAGAAACGUCCGUUCCAGUUUCUCUACCGAUGCAACAAAAUCCUACUCUAGGCGUAAGACAGCAAUCGCAUCAUCAACAUCUGCCUGCAUUAAUGCCUGCGCAAAGACGAGAGAGUAACGAAGCAGCGCCUGUAAUGGACAAUACUCCUCCAACCACUCCGGACUCUAGUAUUUCCAAUAUUUCCGGAUCCCCCAGGGAGGAGAGGACAGGUGGUUCGUCGCCAAUUUCCGAGGAUAAUUUAAAACUUAAUCGUGAUAGCUCCGAAGCAGAUAACGAUAGCGGUUGCAAAGGUCCUGGAUUCAGCGAAGAUGAUACGUCACCAAACGUUGAAGGAAAUUCAGCGGAUAGAAUGCUGAAACCCCCAGCGAAACGAUCCGUGGAAGAGGCACAGUCUCCUAAGAAACGUAAAAGAAGUAGGAAGCAUUCGGAAUGCGAUAAGAGUACUUCAAAGAAAACAGGAGCGAGGCAUAGCGGGAGGCACGGAAGGCAUGGCGCUGGCAGCGAUAGCGAUGAUACCAGUGAAGGUUCCAAUUUAUGUGCAGUUAAUUCGACACCUGCAAAUCAUACGAAUAUCGCUACCACUGUCGCCGAUCUUAGCAAUUACUCGUCGAGAUCACCACGGCCCACGAAAUACAAUUUCUAUGUGGAAUUAGACCCCGAAUUGGAUGGAAGUCAAAGGAUAGCUGUGUUACAACAAAAAUUAACCGAGUUACGUAAAACGUACAAUGCUGUGAAAGUUGAACUUGCCGCUAUUGAAAGACGCAGAAAAAAGUUGAGGAGAAGAGAACGGGAAGCUAUAAAGGCAGCUAAAGCAGAAAUGCAACAGGCCUGUUCGUGAUGAGCUAUCUUGAAGCAUCCUAUUUCACUUAACCUACGCUAAAGAAAACUUUUAUACAAUACUGGGAGAUAUAGAGUAAUAUCAUUAUACGGACACCCUGCAAUCACAGCAGACUUCAUGACAAUUUUUACCUACCUAACGUCGCUUAGGUAACUUUUCCCCCACUAAUAUAACUUGUAGAUAUAGAUAUAAGGUUUAGUAUAAAGGAGGAACAUUUAUUAGAAUGAAAAUAUAUAUUCAUAUAUGCUU